AGUUCAAUAUCUGAGUCCAGCCUAAACAUCCGUAAGACUUGGGCCGAUGAAUAUGGUUGGGCCAGAUGGGCUUUCCAUGCGAUGUCGGAAUACCCUCUCAACCCAUGCGACGUCGUUCAUCUCUAAAACCAAAGCCCUAUAUAUCCUUCACGUGCACAUCCUGUCCCCUCCACUUCAUAAACCUCGCAAUUCCUCUGCGUUGACAGGCCAAAACCCUAGCCUCUCUCUCUCUCUCUUCUCUCUCUCUCUCUCUCUCUCUCUCUCUUCGCUUAAAAUCAAACAACAAACAAUGACGGGCGAAGCAGUGAACCCUAAAGCAUACCCGCUGGCCGAUGCGCAGCUGACAAUAACCAUACUCGACCUUGUCCAACAAGCUGCUAACUACAAGCAGCUCAAAAAGGGUGCUAAUGAAGCAACCAAGACCCUGAACAGGGGUAUCUCGGAGUUUGUUGUGAUGGCUGCAGACGCUGAGCCGCUUGAGAUCCUUCUCCAUCUUCCGCUACUUGCUGAAGAUAAGAACGUGCCCUAUGUUUUUGUCCCUUCAAAGCAAGCACUUGGCCGAGCAUGUGGAGUCACAAGACCAGUCAUUGCUUGUUCUGUCACAAGCAAUGAAGGAAGUCAGUUGAAAUCCCAAAUACAACAACUCAAGGAUGCAAUCGAGAAGCUUUUGAUAUAAAAGUUCCAACAAGCAUUUCCGGUGUGAUGGGCCUCUUGAGCGUGGGACUUGCUCCUUUGGAGGCUUUGACUGAUGAAGUUGUAUUACAGUAUUUCUAGCAAGAGAGCUUUCCUUCUUCUUUUUUUGCUAGUACUUUUAUUGUCUUUUCCUUGUAACCCCAAAAAAAAAAAAAUUGGUACUUUUCUUGUACUACUUAUCACAUAAUGUGAGAAACUUAUGAUUUGGAAGGAUUGUUUUUAUGGAAAUUAGGAUCAGUGCGUGUUAAUCUCA